GAGGAAACAGACAGAUUGCUGUCCACACCACACCAGAUGAAAGUGAAGAAAAUGAAAGAUUAGAUGAGAACAGGAACAACGGAAGACACAGGUCAACACAUACCCACACACUGACAGUCACUAUGUCUGUUCCUGGCGUUCACGUGGUGUGUGUAUAUCCGCUGUGUAUACUCUAGAUGGGUUACACUGAAGUCUGCAGUAGGAUGCUGGGGUUCUUUGAAUAAGGAGCCAUCAUGACCUCCAAUAAUUACUUUAAAGUACCUUUGAGGCAGCAGAGCAGCCUGGACAUACUAGAUGGAUCUCAGAAGAAGAAAAGCACGCUGUGGCGAAGACGCUCUUUCAACAAUGCCAAAAAUUCGAACAGUGAAGAGACCAAAGCCGGGACAUUAUCAUGGGCACGCAGUCAGGUGAGCAGAACACACUCUACAUCUCUAGUGGAUUAUACUGAUCCUCAGAGAACAAUGAUUAUAUUGGAGAAACAGGACAAUGAAGCCUUUGGAUUUGAAGUUCAGACGUAUGGUCUAAAGGUCAAGAACAGCAGUAUGGUGGAGAUGUGCACGUUUGUUUGCAGUGUGCAGGAUGUCAGCGCAGCAGAAGCUGCAGGUUUGACCGCCGGUGACAUCAUUUUGUCAGUAAAUGGAGUCAGUAUUGAGGGAUCUACACACCAGCACAUUAUUAAGUUGAUUCAAGAAUCAACUAACAUACUAAAGUUGGAGACCGUCAGUGGGAGUGUAGUGAAAAGAAUUGAAUUAGAGAAAAAGAUGCGCUACCUUAAGCAAACUCUUCGUGAGAAAUGGGUGGAACUGCAAUCUCUCACACUGCAGGAAAAGCGGCUUACACGAGGUAAUUUGAAUGAGAGUGCCCUGCACCCAUCUGUGGACUCUCUGAUAUCUCUCUCAUCUCCCACGGGUCGCUUUGGCCAGCGCUUCUCCAGCGACAGCAGUUGCCGCAGCAUUAUGACAGACGACAGUGAGGACGGAGCAUUCACGUCAUCUGUGUUCGACGACUCGAGUCCGUUCAGCCCCAUGGAAAACGCAGACUUCUUCCAGCUGGAGGGAGGGCCAUCAAGAGCCCUGACCCGAACACGUAGCAUCAGCCUUACGAGCAGUAAUAGUUCAUUUUCCCCGAGCUGGGACAAUUCAUCAUCAUCAUCCAUGUUUGGGACGCUGCCGAGGCGAGGCAGAAAAGGAAGCGUACGCAAGCACCUUCUGAAGUUCUUACCUGGACUGAAGCACUCCGUAGAGGAAGAGGAGGCCAGUUGAAAAAUCAUUUACACCACCAAUAACUGUUGUUCGACUGAUUCCUUAGUAAGGACAUUGGGCAGUACAAGGUUCAUGCUAACUAGCACGGUGCACAAUCUUGGGGACAUUCAUGACUUUCCUGCUGUAGAUUGUAGAGACUCACAUGAGCAUUACAGACAGUCAUUUGUGUCAGUAUUUCUGGACCAAAAGCAUUAUCGUUUCUCAAAGAUUCAGCACUGUAAUCAACAACUUGCAUUAACAACCUUAGGAACGUGUAUGCCAAAAAGAAACCGCGCAAAAUGCUUCCGCUGCCCUAAUUCAGUGGUUUACACUUCAGUCCUGCACACUGUUAAAUCUUCUAGUUCCCACUUGAGUUCUGAUGUAACUGAUCAUGGUCUGGUGUAGCAUGUGAAUGAGGUGAGCUGCUUAAAUGGCUGUAGCAUAAUUGUAAGGGUACAAAAGUGUCAGGUUUAAUUCCUUGUAGGGGCAAUCCUAGAAUGGCAGUGUCCAAUCAGCAUUGUGCUUUUGAGCAAGACAGCAAACCUCAGAGGCAAUUAAUAGGUUGAUAAGGAUGUUGUUAAAGUCCCAACCCCUAGGGCUGUCCACUGUCCCGUAUUAGCUGGGACAUCCCGUAUUUUGGCCGAAAUGACGACAUUUAUUGCCUCCAUAUUUCAGCGGCUAAAUUAUUUAGGGGGUCUAACUUUGAAAUGUCAUAUUGAAGCGCCCAAAAUCCUCAAGCUCCCUCAGCCCCUUCUUAGACUUAGCCAUCAAGCAAAACAUAAUUUGCUGUGCAAUAAAACAUCAUGUAUGGAACAGAGGCACUUUACACAAUUUACCUUCUUAUUUCAACUUUUUAACCCUGUUAAUUUCACAUUACCUUAGAUCAAACCUGUUAAACCGUUGACUAUAAAACAGGACUGAUCAAAUAACUAUAGUGAGUGAUUUGAAAGUUGAGGUGAUGUUGUCGUGAGAGGACCGAGAUCAGUCAGAGCUGAGAGUGUGUCAGAGCUCCAAACCGCAGAAGUAGAGCAGAAAACUUCAUAACAGGAUGUGGUGAGAUGAGGUGCUACUUUACCAACUAUUUUUUGCUUUCUUGAAUGAUCCCUUUAACGGAUAGUUUCACUUAAACCUGAAUGUAAAUAAUACAUGCAACAGCACCUCUUAAAUUUGAAAAAUGUGUGUUCAGGGAUGUCAUACAUGGUUUUUGCUUGUGUUGAUGCAGAUGAAUAUAAAAAUGAGAAUGCAAAGGGAGAGAUUUUCUCAGAAAAGCCACUGAGAUGUGAUUUGUCUUCCUGCUGUCGCUGCAAAUCACCUGCACAUAAUACAGUGCAUGUGUUUACAAAGAAAGACUCUGCCCCUGGUUCCCUCCUCUUUAUGUUUCAUUUGAACCCUUUUGUUGGGAUUUCAUAAACAGUAAAAUAUAGAUUGGGCUCCAGGCAUCAUCAUAUUUUGCACAAAAAAAAAUCCACACUGCAUAACGGGCAACUCAGUAAAUCCCACUCUACAGCACACAUAUCCAUGACCCAAUUAAUAUAUAUAUAUAUAUAUAUAUAUAUAUAUAUAUAUAUAUAUAUAUAUAUAUUAAUAAAUGCACCCAAUAAUAAUGAUAUAUUUUCAUUAAUAUAUCACAAUAAAUAUAAUUAAUAAUAAUCAUCAAUUAUUAAAUUAAAAUCCAUUCUUUAUCUAUAGUGUAGUCCCUGUUCUCAGAGUACACAGUAUAUGCACUAUAAUUUCCAAUAAAAACUGUGGUAAUCUUAUAUUUCACCAUUACAUAGUUACUAUGUUGUCAUCUGUUGCUUAGUAAAAAAAUAAAAUAAAACAGAUGUCACAUUUAUUGCAGUUUUUGCGAUGUUCUGCUGGCUAAUUCUCAGGAAAUGGUGCCAUUUGUGUCCCAAUGACUCGCCAUGACUUAUGACUGAUUUACAGUAACUAACAAGACAAAAUACUGUUUAAUGUAUAA